UCACUUCCCUAUGCCGCCUCGCUGGAGUGGCUUGUAGGCUUCGGAUUGCCUAGCACUGGACCGCUGAGGCUCCCUCCGGAUGAGACCUGAGCUGUCCGCGCAGCCAUAAAAUCCAGGGUUUCAGCACCGAGGGGGUCCGUGGCUCCAGAUAAUAUGUACUGAUCCUCAAACUAAAUAGAAAGCUCCAGAAAGGAAUGAAGGAUGAAGCUCUAAAUAUAGUAUUUAUUAAAUAAACAGUUACCCAAAGAUGAGAAGGACUUCCAUGAAGACGCCAUUAACCAAGAUAAUGGUGUUUGAUUUCACAGAGUAAAUUCUCUUUGAGAAGAAAUUUACAGAUAUCCAAAAAUGAUUGAGAUUGAACAGGCAGAGGCCCAGCUCUCUGAGUUAGACCUGCUAGCCAGUAUGUUCCCUGGUGAGAACGAGCUCAUUGUGAAUGACCAGCUGGCUUUAGCAGAACUGAAAGAUUGUAUUGAAAAGAGGACGAUGGAGGGACGAUCUUCGAAAGUUUACUUUACUAUCAAUGUGAACCUGGAUGUAUCUGAGGAAGCAAUGGUGAUGUUUUCUCUGGCUUGUAUUCUUCCCUUUAAAUACCCUGAAGUUCUGCCUGAAAUUAUUGUCAGAUCAGUAUCACUUAGUAGAUCCCAGCAGACUCAGCUAAACACAGAUCUGACCGAAUACCUGCAAAAGAAUUGUCUCGGAGAUGUCUGUAUAUUGAAUGCCACAGAAUGGGUUAGAGAACAUGCUUCUGGCUAUAUCAGCAGAGACACCACACCUUCCCCUGCUCCAGGAAGUACAUUCCAGCCAGUUGAUCUCAUUCUCACAAGACUGUGGAUCUACAGCCAUCACAUCUACAACAAGUGUAAAAGAAAGAAUAUUCUAGAGUGGGCAAAGGAGCUUUCCCUAUCUGGAUUUAGCAUGCCAGGGAAACCUGGUGUUGUUUGUGUGGAAGGCCCACAAAGUGCCUGUGAAGAAUUCUGGUCAAGACUCAGAAAAUUAAACUGGAAGAGAAUUUUAAUUCGCCAUCGAGAAGACAUUCCUUUUGAUGGUACAAAUGACAAAAUAGAAAGACGAAGAAAAUUUUCAGGUUUUGAAGAAAAAGUGUUCAAUGUUAAUGGAGCCAGAGGAAACCAUAUGGACUUUGGUCAGCUGUAUCAGUUUUUAAAUGCCAAAGGAUGUGCGGAUGUUUUCCAGAUGUUCUUUGGUGUGGAAGGACAGUGACUGGGCAAAGGAGUAUUGAAAGAGUUUUGUCACUGUUGGCCUUUUGAUUUUUCCCCCAAUCUUUCUUGAAAGAUGAAGUAAUUUGGGGCGCCUGGGUGGCUUAGUCGGUUAAGCAUCUGACUUUGGCUCAGGUCAUAAUCUCCAGGUCCU